CAUUGAAAUCGACUCUCUGUACGAGGGAGUCGACUUCUACACCUCAAUCACCAGAGCUCGCUUUGAGGAGCUCAACGCUGACCUCUUCCGCGGCACCUUGGACCCUGUGGAGAAGUCUCUCCGUGAUGCCAAGAUGGACAAAGGGCAAAUUCAUGACAUCGUGUUGGUGGGUGGCUCAACUCGUAUCCCCAAGAUCCAGAAGCUGCUCCAGGACUUCUUCAAUGGAAAGGAGCUCAACAAGAGCAUCAAUCCAGAUGAAGCUGUGGCCUACGGAGCUGCUGUCCAGGCUGCCAUCCUGUGUGGUGACAAGUCUGAGAAUGUCCAGGACUUGCUGCUUCUGGAUGUCACCCCUCUGUCUCUGGGUAUUGAGACCGCUGGAGGUGUCAUGACUGUCCUGAUCAAACGAAACACCACCAUUCCUACCAAGCAGACUCAGACCUUCACCACCUACUCUGACAACCAACCUGGUGUGCUCAUCCAGGUUUAUGAGGGUGAGCGUGCCAUGACGAAGGACAACAACCUGCUGGGCAAGUUUGAGCUGACAGGCAUCCCCCCGGCUCCCCGUGGUGUUCCCCAGAUCGAAGUGACAUUUGAUAUUGAUGCCAACGGCAUCAUGAAUGUCUCUGCUGUGGACAAGAGCACUG